UGAUAUGUUCUUAACCGUGCCACCCGGAGAAGUUGGAAUGGGGACGUUUGUGAACUUGUUUGACAGUGGAUGUACAAAAGAAAAGGUGAACGAAUGACCGCCACUUCCCCUCAUUCAGCGUCCCUUGCCUAUAAGCAAAAGCCGGAGAUAAAUAACAAUAAGACAAAAUCACACGAAGAAGAUUGAUAAGAAUGGUAGCUGGCUGGCAGGUCGGAUUGCGAGAAAGGUGAGUUUUUUUUCUUGUGAAUUAUUUCCAACUCAGAACGAAGGAAAGCCACAAUAGAGCUCAAAAUUAAAGAAAAAUUCAGAUGGGUUGGAGAGGGGUAUUGGGUUUCGAGUAUGGGAUUGUGCAGGCGCCGUUAGGACCGGAUAUCUCCGGCCCGGAGCUUGUUGCCGCAGUUGCAAAUGCCGGUGGGCUUGGUCUUCUUAGAGCCCCUGAUUGGGAGGAUCCUGAUCACAUAAGGAAAAUCAUAAGAGAGACAAGAGCCUUAACAGACAAACCUUUUGGAAUAGGAGUGGUUCUUGAGUUUCCUCAUGAAGAGAAUAUUAAGGCUAUAUUAAAGGAAAAAGUUGCUGUCUUGCAGCUUUACUGGGGUGAAUGCACAAAGGAGCUUGUUCUUGAGGCUCAUAAAGCUGGGGUCAAAAUUGUGCCCCAAGUGGGGAGCUAUGAAGAAGCAAAGAGAGCCUAUGAUGUUGGUGUCGAUGCUAUUAUGGUUCAAGGCCGGGAAGCAGGAGGGCACAUUAUUGGCCAGGAUGCCUUAAUGACCCUUGUGCCGAGAGUGUUUGAUCUAGUUCGUGACCGAGGCAUACCAGUUAUAGCCUCCGGUGGCAUAGUGGAUGAGCGUGGCUACGUUGCUGCUCUUGCACUUGGAGCUCAGGGUGUUGGAUUAGGCACAAGGUUCGUUGCAACAGUGGAAAGCAAUGCUCACCCAAUUUACAAGAGAAAGUUGGUGGAAUAUGAGGAGACAGAGUAUACAGACGUGUUUGGUCGUGCAAGGUGGCCAGGGGCACCCCACCGUGUCCUAAAGACUCCGUUCUUUAUGGAGUGGAGAACUCUCCCUGGUCAUGAGAACGAGACGAGUCAACCUAUCAUGGGUUAUUCGAUCAUACAUGGCAGGGAAAAGGAAAUACGACGCUUUGCAGGACCGGUCCCUAAUGGACAAGCAACCGGAGAUAUAGAGAGCAUGGCAAUGUAUGCUGGUCAAGGUGUUGGUCUUAUAAAGGAAAUUCUGCCGGCCGGUGAAGUGGUCCAUAGGCUGGUCAGUGGAGCACAAUGCUUGAUCCAUGAACAGGCCAGCGUGAGCACAAAACUGUGAAAGCAUGAGUGUAGCUGCAAACCAGUGUUAAAGUAUCUUUAAAUUGUAUUUGUAUGGUACUAGACUUCUCUGUGCUUUUAAAUAAAGAGUAAUUAUGUUUUUCUUCAAAUGAUAAACUCAUUUGAAUAACAUGGUAGAGCAUGUUUGGUACGGGUAAAAUUUGUAUUAGACUUUAGCAACAUGUUAUCUAAAUUUGUUCAGUUAUUUAAAAUUAUUGAUGAGAUAU